UUAGAAAAUUAUACUGAAGAUGAAUUUUCAGUUUUCACACUGAAUGACCUUCAUUCUUGAAUCAAUCCAACAAUGGAUUUAGGGACUAGCUCAAAAAAAAAAAUCAAACAUAUAUGACAGUGGUUGAGUCCAGUAUGUUUUGUGUCUUUAAUCCUUAAUUACUCAUAUAACUCACUCCAACUAGUACAGACAUAGAGGUCAAAUCUGGCAUGUCUCACAACAUACUUAAAAAACUUAGAGAGGAACUUUUAGGCCAUUAAUUUUUUAUAAAUUUUAUUAUUAUUUAUUUCUGUUUGUUUUAUAUUACAGAGCAGUAUUUUUAAUCAGGAAUUCCCGUUUUAAAAAAAACAAACAUACAAUUGACAACGGAUGUCAAACGAAUAAUGACUGUCGGUUGUAGUCUUGGUUCUAACACAGACGCCGUCCUCUCAUCACCACCUUGCGGCGGCCAGUCCCAGGUCUGCGCCCGUGGAGCUCAUCUUAUUGGCCUUCAUUCAACCAGGAGGCCGGAUGCGCCGCCAUCGUACCGAUUUUAUCGGCGAGUAGAAUCGUUUAUCCACCAACCUGGCCGAGAUCGGCUGGACUGGGGAAUUCGACUGGAAUUGAAGUGGACUGGACGGGGCUGUAAGUGACGGCUCGCUGUUGUUAAGAGCGGACACGGAGUGACGCCAUGUUUUCUCGCGUUAUUUGCCGCCGUUGAUUCUUGCAUCGAUGAAGGUACACAUUGAUGUGUGCGGUGCUAACUAGGCUAGCGCUAGCCUGAGUGCGGGGCAGUGACAGUGCGGCCGGAGGCGGAGCGGCAGAAGCAGCAGUAGCACAAACUGCGAGGAGAUCCAUGUAAUUUCCAUGUCUGAAAACCCUGAAUAAGAGAUGUCUGUUGAUGAGGAUACAGUAAAAACUGGCAUUCCACAGGCCAGUUCUGCUUCAUGUCUGCAGCCCCUGGAUUGUCCCGGGGGUGAUAUAUCUGUGAUGGUGGAGGGGGCAACAGCCACCCCUGACUUUGUCGCUGCCUGUCCUGUCCCGGGCACUGCAGCGUCACCCAAACACACCAGCACGACCGACGUGCUGAGCCGUUCAGACAGUACUUCACAGUCAGCCAGAGAGAAUGAGCUCAACACCAGUCUGAGGAACACCUUUAAUAAUCCCAGACAACAGCAGCAACAAAACAAACUUGCAAAACGACGCAACACAGCCAGUUAUAGUUUCAAGCAUCCAACGUCUGGCAAGAGGCGACGAAGGGCCAACUCUGAGAGUGACUCAGUCCUCCCAACCAACUUCCUUUUGGGAGGGAACAUUUUUGACCCGCUGAAUCUCAACAGUCUGCUGGACGAGGAUGUGAACAGGGCGCUGAACGCAGAGACGCCCAAAUCCUCCCCACUGCCUGCAAAGAGUCGAGACCCGGUGGAGAUCCUGAUACCCAGAGACAUUACAGAUCCACUGAACCUGAACAGUGGGAUAGCCGGCAGAAGCUUCUUAGCGUCCUCCUACAAGGGCGGUGGCAGGAAGAGGCACAGAAACAGACACCAUGGAGGAGCCGCCGCCGGUGCCGGUGGUGGUUCUGUUGGCAGCUCUUUAAACACACAGAUCAGUUUCUCAGAAUCAGGAAGAGGUGAGGUCAAAUCUGGCAGCUGCUCACUGCUCCCUGGCAUGUCGGCCUCCUGUUCUGCACUAGACGUCUCCAAAGAGUCGGACAGUUUCUCCAGUGUCACCAGGGAGUCCGUUGACAACUCCACUGACAACUCGAUUGGCUGCAGGGAGGAAGCGUCGUCUGUGUCCAUGGAUGACUCUGCUUCGCUCAUAGCGGGAGGACCAAACCAUCACAUAAGUAAACGAAAGCGCAGGCGCAACUCUGGCAAGAGUGAGACUCCCAUGACCCACUCUACCCCUAUUGGAAAGUCCGGACCCGGAGACAAGAGUUUUGGCAGCGGUGGACAAAGAUAUUCACAGUCGUUCCACACACCCAGAAGUAGUUGUAAAACAGUGUCAGGGGGCCGUCAGCACCAGCAGCUCCACAACCCGACGAAGGAACAACAGAAGAAGUUCCAGUACGGGAACUACAACAAGUACUACGGCUACCGCAACCCCGGUGCCACUGAAGACCCGCGGGUGCGUUUAUUUCGCCCUGAAUGGUUUGAAGGUAAAGAUGUUCUAGAUUUAGGGUGCAACUCAGGCCAUCUGACACUUUAUAUCGCCAAAACGCUCAGACCUGCUCGCAUAUUAGGUCUUGAUAUUGACGGCGGUUUGAUACACGCCGCCCGGAAAAACAUCAGACAUUAUCUCUCUGAGCUGCAGACACAAGUGGCCCGACGUGCUGGGCAGGAGAAAAAGAGCACUCAACAGGAGGAGAGGAAUGGACAGGAGAGUCAGACGGGCACUGAGAAGGAGCGGCGCGAGGAAGAGGAUGAAAAUGGGAAAGCAGUGAAAGGAGAAAGUGGCCUCGCGGUGGAGGGAAAUGACUCUUAUCACACAGAUGAGGCAGAGGCCCAGAGGCAGAGCAGCAAGAUGGAGGAAAUGGAGCAGGAAGAUUGUGAUUCAGGCACCGCUGAUCACUCCGAGAGCUGUUCUUUUCCCAUGUCCCUACGCAUCUCCAGGGGGCCCAUCGCUGCGCCUCCUCUAACAGAAACGUUCGGCACGCGACCUGGGGAGUUCCCCUCAAAUGUGUCCUUCAUCAAGACAAAUUACGUCCUGGACAACGACGAUCUGCUGCUGACUCAGCGGCAGGAGUACGACGUCAUUCUCUGCCUGAGUGUCACCAAAUGGGUUCACCUGAACUGGGGAGACGAAGGCCUCAAACGUUUCUUCAGAAGAGCCUACAAACACCUGCGUCCUGGGGGAAUGUUCAUCCUGGAGCCACAGCCGUGGAAGUCCUACCUGAGGAGGAAGAAGCUGACGGACAAUAUCAGCAGAAAUUACAACAGCAUACGCCUCAAACCGGAGGAGUUCUCAUCGUACCUCACCACUGAAGUUGGCUUCACCAGUGUUGAGUACCUUGGCGCCCCCAAAUGUUCAAUAGGAGGUUUUCAGAGGCCGAUCUACUUGUUCCACAAAUGACCGCUCCUGCCUUGACGAUCACUGCGUGCGUGAGUAACUGUACACGGGACGGCCAGCUGCCCUGGACUGCACAGAUUCACCUCCGAUCCUGAACAUUUACUCCAGAGUUGCUACACAUGCUACGGAAAAAACUCAAAGAAGGAGAAAUGGGGCCAGGAGUCAGAGUUACUGCAAACUGAUGGAACCUGGAGACAUACGGCACCUCUCACGUGUUUCAAUGAUGAGUCAUGAAAUAAUGACCUGAAUCUGAACAUCCUGAUUUGACCAGACAUUGGAGGACGAGCUCAUCUGAACAGAUUUUUUUUUUUUGGACGAUCUUUGUCCUAACUUUGCUCCAGUUUGAUGCACAGCCAUAACAAGGUUUAAAAUCUUGGGCUUUCUCUCAACUUUCCAGACUCUAUUUGACAUUUUUCCUUUUAGGAGAUAACACUGUUCAAGUGGCCCAGUCAUUACACCCUGAACUGGCAGAUAAAUCAGGAAAACAACACUCUCCAUUUUGAUCUACAAAGCCAUUAAACAUGUACUUGUGGCACAGUGUCUUUUUAGAAAUCACACUAAGGUGCAGUCGAUGCCAAUGGAUCCUUUAGUUAUUACAUUACCAGCCACUCGUGAUUGGAUGAGAGCUUUUAGCUGAGCUGUGCAGCAUUUGGGUAGAAUUUUUUUUUCCUUCAAUUCAUGAAAAGCCCACGUCCCAUUUCCAAACCUUUGGUUUGUUUGAUUUUGUAAUAUUCUUACAAAACUGUGGAAUUCCCCUUUUUGGAAGAACUCUUUUUUUUUCUGAGACAAUUAACAAAAAGGUUUAUGGAAGUGAAGCUGUAC